AUGGCACUACUAAAAGUCAAAUUCAACCAGAAGAAAAGGGUAAAACUAGCUCAGGGACUAUGGCUCAUGAACUGGUUUUCAGUGUUUGCAGGAAUCAUUGUUUUUAGCAUGGGAUUGUUCCUCAAAAUUGAGCUCCGGAAGCGAAGUGAAGUGAUGGACAAUUCUGAAAGCCAUUUUGUGCCCAAUUCUUUGAUAUUGAUGGGUAUAUUAUCUUGCGCCUUCAAUGCUCUUGCUGGCAAAAUUUGCUAUGAUUCUCUAGAUCCAACUAAAUUUGCAAAGUGGAAGCCUUUGCUGAAACCUUACCUGGUGUUAUGUUUCUUUUUUAACUUCUUCAUUUUUUUCAUUGCUCUGAUUUGCUUUCUCAUGAGGGGCUCUCUGGAGACAACAUUAGCAUAUGGGCUAAAGAAUGGCAUGAAGUUCUACAGGGAUACUGAUACCCCAGGAAGAUGCUUCAUGAAGAAGACAAUUGACAUGCUCCAAAUUGAGUUCAGAUGCUGUGGAAACAACGGUUUCAGAGACUGGUUUGAGAUUCAGUGGAUCAGCAACAGAUACCUGGAUUUUGGCUCCAAAGAAGUGAAAGAUCGAAUUAAAAGCAAUGUGGAUGGAAGGUACUUGGUUGACGGAGUCCCCUUCAGUUGCUGCAACCCCAGUUCCCCAAGACCCUGCAUCCAGUACCAAGUCACUAACAACUCGGCUCACUACAGCUACGACUACCAAACCGAGGAGCUCAACCUGUGGAACCGCGGCUGCAGGGAGGCACUUCUGCUCUACUACAGCAGCAUGAUGAGCUCCAUGGGUGGUGUUGUCCUCUGUGUCUGGCUUUUUGAGGUGUCUGUGAUGGUUGGUUUGCGUCUUUUGCAAACCGCUCUGGAAAGCAUCGCAAAUCCUGAGGAUCCUGAAUGUGAAAGCGAGGGGUGGCUCCUGGAGCAGAGCCUGACAGACACUUUCAAAUCUGCAUUAGAAAGUUUGAAAAAGAUUGGUAAGUUCAAUCAGGUGGAUGCAGGUGCUGAAGGGGCUGAAGGCGAAGAAGGUGGAAAGACUCCAGCCAUCACAACAGUCAGUUGA